AACUGAACAAGAAACACUGUUCUCCAAGAAACCACAAAUACAGAGUCUCCGUUCCGGCUUCCAAAUACUUAUUAGGGCACCAAAUUCGCACACUUCUUCACAAUCUGUUAAUCAAUUCACAAUAACCGCAAUCUGAACUUUACGGUUCACCAUUCGGAACAGAAUCACAUGGAAAUGGAACUUCUCCGAUCAAAUCUCUCGCGAGUUCGGAUUCCGGAGCCUACAAAUCGCAUUUACAAGCAGGAAUGCUGUAUCAGUUUCGAUACUCCGAAAUCCGAAGGUGGAUUGUUUGUGGACAUGAACACGUUUCUUGCCUUUGGCAAAGAUUACGUCGGUUGGAAUUUCGAAAAAACUGGCAACCCAGUUUAUUUGCAUAUAAAACAAACCAAGAAGCCGAUUCCGGAAGACAGACCUCUGAAGAAACCUACACUGUUGGCUAUAGGUAUUGACGGCGGAUUCGAUAACCAAGAACCCGAAUAUGAUGAAACUUACAGCAUAGUAAUAUUACCAGAUUAUGUAACGUUUCCUUUUCCAUCAGUGGCGUUGCCUGAGAAGGUAAGGUUGGCAGUUGAUGCGGUUUUAAUUGCAGAGGGUGCUGAGCGAAAAGAGCAAGUUGCAUCAUGGACAGCCGAUAAGAAGCAAAUUAGUGAACAUGCAUUGACCCUUAAACAGAUAGAUAACGGCGUCAUUAUUCCUCCAUCUGGAUGGAAAUGUGCCAAGUGUGACAAGACUGAAAAUCUAUGGUUGAAUUUAACCGACGGAAUGAUCUUGUGUGGGCGGAAACUUUGGGAUGGCAGUGGUGGUAAUAACCAUGCAAUUGAACAUUACAAUGAAACUCACUAUCCUCUUGCCGUAAAGCUUGGAACAAUAACUUCUGAUCUGGAAGGAGCAGAUGUUUUUUCAUAUCCCGAGGAUGAUAGUGUGACAGAUCCUCUUCUUGCGGAUCAUCUGGCAUUUUUUGGUAUUGAUUUUUCCUCCUUGCAAAAGACAGAAAUGACAACUGCCGAAAAGGAACUUGACCAGAAUACCAAUUUUGAUUGGAAUCGGAUUCAAGAAAGUGGACAGGAAGUUGAACCACUUUACGGGCCUGGGUAUACAGGACUUACUAAUCUUGGUAACAGUUGCUAUUUGGCUGCAACUAUGCAAGUUAUCUUCUCAACUCGUUCAUUUUGCUCACGAUACUACAAGAACCAAAGUUUGAAAAGGGCUUUUGAUAUUGCUCCUGCUGAUCCAACUGUAGACCUGAAUAUGCAAUUAACCAAACUUGCUUAUGGCCUUCUUUCUGGUAAAUAUUCUGUUCCAGUGGUGCAGAAUGAUGACGUGGCAAAUGCUGUGGACCCCUCUUCAAGUGCUAAACAAGAAGGUAUUCGUCCCAGAAUGUUUAAGGCCGUGAUUGCAGCCAGUCAUCCCGAGUUCUCAACCAUGCGUCAGCAGGAUGCACUUGAGUUUUUCUUGCAUUUCAUUGACCAAGUUGAACGGAUUAAUGCUGGUUGUCCUGAAGCGGACCCCGCAAGGAGCUUCAAGUUUGGUAUUGAAGAACGGCUUCAGUGUCCUUCUGGGAAGGUUGCUUACAAUAAAAGAAAUGACUACAUUCUCUCCUUAAAUAUUCCCUUAGAGAAGGCUACUAACAAAAAGGAAGUAGAGGAGUUUCAAAAAUUGAAGGCACAGAAAGAAGCAGAGGGAAAGGAAAUCUUAUCAGACGAAAUUGUACGCCCGAGGGUGCCAUUAAGUGCUUGCUUAGAUAGCUUUUCUCAUCCGGAGGAGGUGCAAGGUUUCUAUAGCACUGCAUUAAAAGCCAGGACAACUGCAAUCAAGACUACAGGCCUGACUACAUUCCCUGAUUAUUUGGUGCUGCAUAUGCGAAAGUUUGUUAUGGAAACUGGCUGGGUGCCAAAGAAGCUUGACGUCUACAUAGAUGUUGAUGACAUCAUAGACAUUAGUCCUAUGCGAAGCAAAGGUCUUCAGCCAGGUGAAGAGUUGUUACCUGAAGAAGCUUCUGGAGGUGAGGAAGAGUCAGCAAAGGUUUUGCCUAAUGACGAUAUUGUUUCUCAACUUGCUUCAAUGGGAUUUAACCAACUUCAUUGCCAAAAAGCUGCAAUCAAUACCUCAAAUGCUGGAGUUGAAGAGGCAAUGAACUGGUUACUUUCCCACAUGGAUGAUCCAGACAUUAAUGAUCCGAUUCAUAAAGAAGCAAAGAAGAAUGAUGUUGAUCCAUCAAAAGUUGCUACAUUGGUGUCGUUUGGAUUUGAGGAAGAUAUAGCUCGCAAGGCAUUGAAGGCUUCGGGUGGAGACAUUGAGAAAGCAACAGAUUGGAUCUUUAAUCCCAGUGCUGCAUCUGGACCGUCGGAUAUGGAUGCUACACCAAGCGUGGAUGCCACAUUACCUGACGGGGAUGGAAAAUACCGACUGAUUGGGCUGGUGAGCCAUAUGGGUACCUCAACUCAGUGCGGGCACUAUGUUGCACACGUGUACAAAGAAGGAAGGUGGGUGAUUUUCAAUGACGAUAAGGUGGGUGUUUCUAAAGACCCACCAAAAGACAUGGCCUACCUAUACUUUUAUGAGAGGAUUCAAAGUUAAGGUGGUUUCAGUCCGAAGUAUUUGAGUUCUCUGUUUGUCCUCGAUCUUUGCUUACCUGAGGGUUGCGAUCUGUAUUCCUUAGAGAAAAAGAAGACACGAAAUGCUUUCCUUUGUACUUUUGGAGGCGAGGACUUUUUGAUCUUUCCCCAGUACAAUGCGACUUGUAUUUGGUUUUGUAUUGUGGCUUACAAUUCCAAAGUGGUUACCAAAUAGGGUUGCUUUCCUUGGUGUGUCUGAGAUUUGCAUGCGAUACUGAUAACUUAAUUUGGCUAGGUAUAUAUUUGCAUGUGAUUAGUGGGGUGUUCGUAAACCGCCCAAGCUGAUGAAAGUUGGCCAGUUUGAAAUA